GUCUAUUUCAUUUCCCACAGAAACCCAAAAGUCCCUUUGGCUCCUCCUUCCUCAUUUCCUUCUUCCUCUCGCCGACUCGACGCAAAGGAGAUAUGGCUGGGGUUCCUGGAGCUAACGACGUUAUUGGGUCUUCAAAGAAUGGAAUAUCUGAUCAUGAAAAUAGCGGCAGUGGUCAUAGCAAGGAUGUGAAUUCCAUUUCAUCAGUUUCAGAUACGGAGGGCACUGAGGAGGUACUUGAAGAUGAUCAGCAAAGUGAUUUAAGGACUCUUGCCGAGUUGAUUUGCUUUGAAGAAGUUCCACCUAAAUGGUAUGCACGCUUAGGUGAGUUCAGCCCCCUGUUUAAGCCUAGUUUCAGUGAGAUUGAAACUGAAUGCAUGGAAGUCUUUGAGAAAAAGAAAAUGGAAACCAAGAAAAUAUUAGGAAACUUUGAUGGACAGAUUAGCCUCUCGGUUGAAAUUCUGAGGUGUGAAAGUUACUUUGACCCUAGCUGCUGCGGUGAUUAUUUGUGCCUUUCCGCACAUUUUAUUGAUGAGAAUUGGGAACUGAAUAAUUGGGUACUUCACUUCUGUUCUAUUUCGGUUUCGGGUCCAUCUGAUGAUUCCCUUCACAAAUAUGAAGAUUGGGGCAUUUUAAGGUCGCUUGAAGAUUGGGGCAUUGAGAACAAGAUCUCCGCACUCACUGUGAAAAAUGAUAAUUGCAAUAAUGAAUUGGUUGAGUUUCUGAAAACGCACAUCCAAGAAAAGAUGGAACUCCAACUUAAUAGUAAGCUGUUUUGUGUGUAUUGUUGUGGGGAAAUGAUCAGCGUAAUGGUGCAGGAUGCAUUUGACAAGAUUGCAGAUAUAGUUCACAAGGUUCGUCAGGUGUAUACUUUUAAAACUGAUUACCCCAUGUGGUUUCUCAAAUUGUUAAACCUGCAAGAAGCUUUGAAGUUAUGGGCUCAGGGAAAUCUCUCUUCCAGAGAUGUGACUCACUCUCGUAACGUGCCUUCCCCAGAGGAAUGGAAGAAAGUUGAGGGUGUUUGUAAAAUUGUAGAGAACAUAUAUAAAGUGACAGAAAGUGAAUUCUUCAACGAAACACCCCUAACUCCCAAUGUUCAUCUUUGUCGCCUGCUUAAGCUUCGCAAAAGUCUGGCCAAAAUGUCCAUUGACUCAGAUAGUUUUAAUAGAACAGUAGUUGAGGACAUGUUGAAAAAGUUUGAUAAGUAUUGGGAUGACAUGUUCUUGCUGUUGGCAAUAUCUGCAGCGCUGGAUCCUCGAUUGAAGAUGAGAUAUAUUGAAUUUGUUUGUUCAGAAGUUAAGGAUUGGAAUGGAAACUCACAAGUUGCAGUUGUUUUUGGGGCCAUUCACAAACUGUUUGAUGAAUAUGUGGUCCGUUUUCCGUUGCAAUACAACCAGCAGUUCAUCCAUUUGAAUGAUCAUCCUAAAGAAAAAUCAGACUUGGAUUGCUAUUUGGAACAACCUGUCUUAACUCCCAGUCUGGGUUUUAAUGAAUUGGCUUGGUGGAAAACCGCAAGCGCUAAGUACCCUACCCUUUCCCAGAUGGCACGUGAUUUUUUAGCCAUUCCAGUUUCUCUUGCAACUCAAAGUGAGGCAUACUAUACUGUACCAAAGCCAGCUGAUGAACAUAUAGUUUGCUUGAAGCCAGACUUGAUGAAUGCCUUGAUGUGUACUCGAAGCUGGGUAUAGUGGGCAGGCACUGAUACAAUGUUAACAGGUACAGUUUUUUUUUUUUUUUUUUUUGGCUGCUCUUCCUUAGCUUAUGGCUGCCUCACUUUUGGAAGGCUUGGGAAUCAGAAUAGCUAAGCCAUUGACUUAGGCAUUAAAACCAGUUACUUUUGAACUCCACUGUAGUUUUGAAUUGUUGUAUUGAAAAGAUGAUGGAAUGUGUUGCUCAA